AAGCUACGGCUGAUAAAAAAGGCCUAAAACAAACCAGAAAGAAAAGCAAGAAAAUGGCAGCGCCACCUCUCGGCCUCGCACGUCGCGUCGCCGCCCCGGCCGCAGCGCACUCCUCCUCCCGUUCCCGACAAUUGCGUCCUCGCCUACUCCCUUCGAAGAGGUGGAGUGGGGUGGUGAGGAUGGGGGCGGCAGUUGGGGGUGGGCAGGAGGGCGAGGAGGAAGAGACGAGGCAGGCCAAGGAGAUGGCCGCCGCCAGGAGGCGUUGGGAGACGCUGAUCAGAGAGGAGAAAAUUAAGACCCUUACACCCAGGGAAGCUGGCUACACAUUCAAACUGACGGACAAGGUCCUUCUUGAUGUUAGGCCCUCAAAUGAGCGUCAAAAGGCUUGGGUCAAAGGUUCUACCUGGAUUCCUGUAUUUGAUCUGGAUACGUCGUCUGAUUUGAGUGGUCUCGGCAAGAAAGCAUUCAGCUUUAUUGUGGGUGGCUGGUGGAGUGGCAGCUCAACAAUGUCAUUCAAUAAGAACUUUGUACAACAGGUUGAGGAGAAGUUCUCAAAAGAUACAGAUGUUAUCCUAGUGUGCCAGAAGGGAUUGAGAUCAAUCGCUGCAGCCGAGCAACUUUACAAUGCUGGUUUCGAAAAUUUGUUCUGGGUACAAGGAGGACUGGAAGCUGCCGAAGAGGAGGACUUUGAGCGGGAAGGUUCCCAGCCUUUCAAACUUGCUGGUAUUGGCGGGGUUUCUGAAUUUUUUGGCUGGACGGAUCAGCAACGAGCAUACGCUGCAAAGGAAGGAUGGAGCUAUCGGCUGCUCUUCACAGGCCGAUUGGUUGGAGCAAUUGUGCUACUCGAUGCUUUAUUCGUCGGUGCCCAAAAUAUUGGCCCUCUACUUCAACAAUUGAAGCCUCAUUAACAGAUGGAUGUCAGAGGAAAAUUUUGCGGUGUUUGAGGUAAUUUGGAGGUUGCAUUUCAGCGAUUCAUCUUGAGAUUCUAUGACUGUUUCUCGAGAGAUCCCAAGCAAUUGUAUGAUGAUGCACACAAUGCCAGCCCUCCAAGCCUGUUACUAGCGGAUUGAAUUUUCUUUUUGAUUGUAUCUACUCAUGAAUGUAGGGGUAGGCUUCGUUUGGAAUGCAGAAAUCUUGCAUCCAGAUAUUAUGCAACAUACUUUUUAAGCCAAAGCCAAAUCCUCAUGCAGGUGUGAUUCCAUUGUUUGAUGGAUUCCACCGCUGGAGGAUAAGGUGUUUUUUCUUAUCAAAGGGGAAGGGGAACUCCCCCAGCUUCAUUAAUGAAA